GCAGCAGCAGCACCAGGAAGCACCAGCGGCGGCAGCGCCGUCGGUACAGGAGACGGCGGGGGUUCGGAGAAAGCCGCGCGGGUAGCAGCGCCGGCGAGAUCGGCAGAGGACUUUUGGAGGGGCCAGCUGGUGCCGCCGGAGGUGGUCCGGAAACUCGACGAGCUUUACCCGGUCAAGCGUUCGCCCGGGGAGGCAGUUCCGCCUGACGAGGCGCGAGUCCGCACCGUUCGGCUGCCUGACGUCAUUGGGGCUGCAGCAGCUUCGAGAUAGGGGAGAGCAGUUCAGGCAACUUUACUCCUGUGACGACAUCGACAACGCAAAGUGAGAGAUCUGGUACAACGGAAAAAGGAAAACACCAUGCCUGCUGCUGAUGCUGCAAUCACCACAACAACAACAACUACCGCUAAAGCACCAAGUCACCACCGCACCACAGUUCCUUGGUAUAGCAGGUGUUGAGUGGAACCACUCAUGCUUAGACAUCGCGUGGCAAACGGGGGACGUAUGAUUGCUAUCGUACCAGAAAAAGAAAUUAUCUCCCCAGCCGUGCAUAUCACUUCCAGGUUGGAAGUGUUCUCGACCAAUUACCGCCGGACGCAGCUGUCGGCGCAAGGUUUUCUGGACGGGCUUCUAAGGGCGGGCGGGAGGGGCGGCGUACCCGUGGUGGUUAGGCCUAGAGCGGACGACUUUCUCAAUCAGUGGGAGAGCCGAGGGCACGAAAUGUACGAGCGCAUGAUGGUGGUCGAGUCCGAACCUGAUUUCCGGGUGACGGAGGAGACCAUUGGAGGACCGUUGAAGAGAAGUCUUCACGCGCUCGACCCUGCGCUCUUCCCGCUGCCUCAAGGAGGGAGAUUUCGUUGGAUGAUGGCUGCGGAUUACUUUAUGAGCGCCCGCGCUCGUGGACUGCGCGUCACCCCUGAGCUGGAUGUCCUCGGAACGGCCACGAUAAGGCAUCUCGUCUGGCGCUUCAGCCGAUUUUACGGGGACGACGAGAUGAUGCGGACCAUGGUCGGUCCUUUGCUCGCGCACAUCAUUGAGUGCGCGGCAGGGAGCGAUAUUGCCGGUCCGGUAACAGGUUCUAGGAACGUUCCGGGGACCGAUGGGGGUGGCGGGUCAUUGUCGCGUGUGGUAUCCUCCAGCUGCCAUGACGUCACAAUCCUGGCCCUCCUUUACGCAAUGGAGGCGGAUCUCCUCGAAGAUCGAGACUACUGGCCGCCCUACGGCUCCACGAUAGCGUUCGAGGUUUGCAGUACAGGAGGCGGGUCGGGGCCGGGGAGGGAGCCCCGUGGAGGACGCGGCCAGGACAAGGGGGGAGGAGGGGGUCUCGUUUUGAAGAUUUCGGUCGACGGGGACCCGUUGCGAUCACGCCUGUUUUCCGGGAAAGGGGGCGACGGUAUCAUCCCUCUGUCGGAUUUCCGCACGGCUGUAGGGAAUUUGCUACCUACUGCUGUGUGACGCCAGGGCACGUGUGCAAUAAUAAUCGUGAGUCAAAAGCAGUAGCGCUAACAGCAUUUGGGUCAAGUCUUGAAAGCGCCGAAGAUUUUCGAGGAGAGAGGAGAGUAGGGACCCCCCUCGAACGAAAGCCAUUUUCAGGACUACAGCGAUGUAUGAUAACGUCUCGUAGUCCAAUUUUCCGAACCGCGAAGGAAUGUUUUGGCGUGAGUGUUCUUUGCGGGUGUUGUAGAAAGAAAUAUGGGUAGAACAUGCCCGGCCGGUGCCUUCGCGGGCGACGCGAGGGCUUGCAACAGCGGAUGGAUGUGGCGUGUCAUGAGUGCAGGGCGAAGCGAGGGAGGAAAUAGGAACCGAAACACCGUAAUUCACAUAGGUCGCGAGGGCUCGCAAGGAAAAUUCAUGCAU